AUGGCUGCUGCCUUAGUGGGAGGCUCAUUCCUCUCCGCUUUCCUUCAAGUGCUAUUUGAUAAGAUGGCUACGCCGGAAUUCGUGAAUUUGUUUCGUAAUCAGAAGGCGAAUGAUGAUCUCCUCAAGAAGCUCAAGAGUGAGUUACGCACUGUUGGAGCCGUGCUCGAUGAUGCAGAGAACAAGGAAAUACGGAACCAAUAUGUCAAGGAAUGGCUUGAAGAGCUUCAUGAUACAUUUUAUCAGGCAGAGGAUUUAGUGGACAGAAUCAGCACUGAAGCUCUGCGAAUUAAGGUAGAAACUGAGUACCAAAGCUCAACCAGCACUUGUACAUAUUCGGGUGAUGAGUUUCUUAGUAGGAUCAAGCCCGAGAUAGAAACAAUAGUGGCGAGGCUGGAGGGAUAUAACAAACAAAUUAUUCCCUUGGGUUUGCAAGUUCUUCAUUCCAGAAUAAAGUCACAUCACAAAUUUGAAACAUCUUUGGUUGAUGAGACUACCUUUAUUGGGAGAGAUGCUGAUAAAGAGAAGAUAAUUCAAAUGUUGCGCUUCGAGGAUGCAGACAGAGACAAUAUCACUGUGAUUCCAAUAGUUGGACUGGCUGGGCUCGGUAAGACCACCUUGGCUCGAAUGGUUUACGAAGAUUCGAAGGUGGAACUGAGUUUUCCUACCAGGGCAUGGCUACGAGGUGGCCUAACUGAGAAAAAGUUUCUUCUUGUUCUGGAUGAUGUUUGGAAUAGUAACUACAAUCAGUGGGAUAAUUUAAGGAGCCCUUUCAAAGGUGGAUCACGUGGAAGUAAGAUCAUUGUUACAACACGGAAUCAGCAAGUUGCAAGGAUGAUGGCCAAAGAAAGGUCAAUUCAUCAUUUGAAUUCCAUGCUAGAGGAAGAUUGCCGGUCUUUAUUUAAGAAGCAUGCGUUUGAAAAUAGAGAUGGCAAUGAAAAUGCAGAACUUGAAGAAAUAGGAAACAAAAUUGUGACGAAAUGUGGAGGGUUGCCUUUGGCUGUGAAAACAGUUGCAGGAAUUUUGCUUUCCAAAACUACCCCUGAAGAAUGGAAAGAGAUUUUAGUAAGUGAAGAGUGGACUCAAAUGGAUAUUCCAGAUGGUCCCCUGCCAGCAUUGAGAUUAAGUUACAUUCAUCUUCCUUCCCAUCUUAAAAGGUGCUUUGCUUAUUGUGCUGUGUUCCCCAAAGAUUACCAGAUUAGAAAAGAGGAAAUUAUUCAGUUAUGGCAAGCUAAUGAUCAUUUAGGGUAUCCUGGAGAAAAUAAAAGAAUUAAGAAUGAGGGUGAAAAGUGCUUUCAUGAACUGAGAAUGAGGUCAUUAUUUCAUCAGUCAACUGACCAUACUUUCUCCAUGCAUGACCUUGUGAACGAUUUGGCUUGCUUUGUUUUUGGGAAAUACUGCCUCAGGUUGGAAGAUCAUCAGGAAGGCAAAGCUACAAUAUCUAGUGCAAGACAUUUUUCAUACCAUCGUAGUUGGUAUGACACAUUUCACAAAUUUAAUCUCUUGAGUCAAACUAAGAAUAUAAGAACAUUCUUGCCAUUGAGAACGGCUCCUAUGAUUCGUCUAAGCAACAAAUUCUAA